CUCUAACACUGAAGAACAGUCAACUCCUCAAUUUAAACUCUGCAAGGACACAGCUGUUGAUACUGUAUUGACCAAAGAUCAGAGACUACAACAGCCAUGUUGUUGGCAGAAGCUGGAUGUGUGUUCAUGGGUAUCAUCCUGUACAUCUCAGGGGUUCAGGGACGAGCAAACAGCAUCUGUGCCUUAAAAAAAUCAUCAGUGGAUCUGCCCUGCUCAGCUCAACAUCCCACUUCAAGCAUGAAAUGGUUCACUGUACACCGGAAUGGCUCAGAGUAUGUUCUGAAUGAGCUCUCUACAGAUGGAAAUCGUGUAAAAUACAACAUGUCUGAAGAAAGUAACUACACUCUAACGAUCAAAGAUCUGAGAGAGAGUGAUGCAAAGUCUUACUGCUGCAGCAACACUACAGAGACACCAGAACUCUGCUGGCACAACAGAACUAAGCUCCAUGUUUCAGACCUGCACGUGAAGGUGAUUCCUGCCACAGAGGGACAGACAGUAUCACUGAUAUGCAAAACCAGUUGUCCUCCGACUGAAAACCCUGCAGCCUACAUCUGGUACAAGAACAGAGAGUUUCUCUAUCAGGACUGGUCUCCCUGGUACCAACAGCUGGUCAGCAGUGAGGAAGCAGUCAGAUACUCCUGUGCUAUCAAAGACUACAAGCAUCUCAGAGCUCCUGAAGUCUCAGUGGAUUCUGUCACAUCGACCUGCUUUACUGUGACCUACGCUAAAGGAAGAAUGUGUUCUAAAAAGCAGACAUCAGUGAAUGAGUCCUGCUCCAUCACAUAUCCCAGAGAAGUAGGUCUACAAAGGACUGCUGAGGUGAAUCAUACUAGACUGACCUGUAACACCAGCUGUCCACUGGCUGACAACCAAACUGCCUAUAGAUGGUACAAUAACAGACUCUUAAUGUCUGAGAAGACACAGCAGUUUUCAGUUCUCAACUCCUCUGCUGAUAUCUUCUCCUGUGCUGUCAAAGACCACGAGGAUCUGCACUCUGCUGAAGUCUGUGUUGAGGAUAAGAACUGCUCAAGUGUGAAUUAUGUCAGGAGGAGGAUCUGUGCUCUGGAAGGCUCUUCAGUGGACAUUUCAAGUAAUUACUCGUAUCCUAAAAACCAGAGGCCCAAGUCUAAAUUAUGGUAUAAAAUAACGGCAGGUGGUGAGGAGGAAGUUAAACAGGUGAUUGAGCUUGCAGGUCGUGUAGAGUAUCAUGACAGUGUCCUGAGAAUCAAACAGCUGAAGAAGAACGACUCUGCAAAAUACACAUUCAGAUUGGAACGACAUCAUGGAGGACGGAAACAUUUUCCUGGAGUGACUUUGGUUGUCACAGGCCUGAGAGUGAAGUUGCACCGUGAUGUGGUGGGAGAGGGCCAAAGAGUCACACUGACCUGCAUGACCAGUUGUCCUCUGACUGACAACACAACCUACAUUUGGUAUUUGAACGAACAACCUGUGAACCUGUCACACAGCCAAAGCAAACAACUGGUACUAGACUCAGUCAGCAGUCAUCAUGCAGGAAACUACUCCUGUGCAGUGACAUCUCAUACGAACUUCAACUCCAGUGAAGGGACUCUUACUGUUAAAAGUAAAUGCACAUCAGCUGCAGCUGCAGGAGCUGUUGUUGCUCUCCUAGUUAUAACACCUCUUUUUGUCUUCUUGUGGAUUAGGAGGAAAAGAAGGACUUCAGGUACCGAAGCAACAGUCAACAUGGAGCAGUUAAACCCUGGUCCUGUGAAUGAAAACAUCUCAGCCCAACCAACACAGCAGGAUGAUCUUCACUAUAGCAGAGUCUACUUCUCUAAGACCCAGACACAUCCUCUCUACUCCAAUGUCCAGCCACACCAGCCUAAAGACCAGGACGACGUUGCUUAUGCUGUUGUCAACUUUAGACCCAACAGGACCCCAAAGUGAUCAAUGAUUACAACUGAUUCAAGAUCCACUUAGUGACCUUGCUCAUCUUGAACAGUACUAUUUUCAACAACCCUUCAAUACACAUAUAGUAUUGGGGUGUAUCUGACACACCACAGGUCUGAUGUUAAUAAAUCUUGGUGAGAUGUUUCACAGUAGGAAACCUUUCUGCCUGAUAUAUGCCAGACUUCAAUGUCACAUUUCAAGGUUUCUAAUCUCUGGCACCAUUACACUCCACUCCAUGUUUACCAGCAGUUACCCAAAAGUACUGAACACUUUGAGACAGCAGAUCGAGUGUAUCUGAAAACUUUUUCACAUUUGCUAGAAAUAAGACAAAACUUGUAAUAUAGAGAAUAAUUAUUGUGAUACAUAUGUGUUUUGGCUUUUGUCCCUCAUCAGUGGAACACAAAGAACAUUUAAAUGAGAUGAAGUAUGAUGUAUAUAUUUGGACCACAUUUUCACAUGCUGUCUUGCUUUGUGCAGAUUUUUAGAUUUGUUGUGGAUUGUUGACGGACAUAUUGCAUCAUUGAGAACAGGAUACUUAUAGUAGAUUAACCAAUGGCAUUGCCAGACCACAAUGCAAUGCCAUGUAAGCUUAUUGAAGCAUUUUGUGUUUUUUUCUGAUGUGCUUCAUGUUGUAUUACUUUGCUUUCUGUUUGAUUUGCAGCUAUAAUUGUAAAAAAAGCUUUUGUAAAACUUAUUUUGCUCUCAGAAACAUGUUCUACUCUGCAUGUUCUGCAGUGUAUGAUAUGAUCAUAAAAACUAUGUCUGCA